UUUGCAAGAUGAUGCUGACGCGAAAGUGUUUAUAUCCGAAUGGCCAGUAAUAUCUCAGGACUCUGUUGCUCUGAACCAUGUUAAUGGACAAAGCGUAUGCGGUUCUAGACGAACAACGCAUAGAUCUAGUGAAAAUUCUAAGAAGGCACGAUUACAGGUUAGUACAAAUUGUGCUGCAGCAGAAUUAUUGGCUAGAGGUCAGGGCCAACAGUUGGACGACUACGAGACUGCCGAUGCUGCUUUGGCCAAAUGGUGGAAACGCUCGAGAUCUGCUGCAGAACCGAUGUCUCAAACAUGCAGUGCUAGAACUAUGAUCAAGAGAAUAUCCAGGAGUGAAGAAGGCAAAGAAUUUCUCUCACAACGUGUUGCACAGAUACAGCAAGUUCUGUUGGAUAAUCCAGAUAAUGGACUGGCUCAUGCUAGUCUUUCCUCAUUUUUUCACAAAUUAGAAAAAUCUAAGGAUGCAUUGAAGCAUCUCAAUAAAGCGCAAAAAUGUGGAAUUUUAUCAAAUGAGUUUUUGUGGAAAGAGGAAAUUUUGAGGAGACAGGUACAAUCUGAAGAAACAAGGGAUAUGACUGAUCUAAGUAAAUGUUAUCAAAGAAUGCCUGACAGCAAACAGGUUGAAAGACGGGCUGCUGCUGAUUUAAGUGUUUCUGAAUUCUUCUUUAAGUACUGCUUGCGUCAGGUUCCUCUUGUUAUUACAGGAGGUGUGGACAUCAUGUUACAAGAACGGUGGACUUUAGAUUUAAUUAAACAGGUUGCUGGUUUAAAGCAGGUGUGUCUCAAGCAUCUUGUCAAUGACUCGAUGCAAUGGGCGAGACUUGAGCAAUCUACCUGUACAACAGUUGGAAAGUUCAUUGAUUCUGUUUGUGGACAAAAUGCUUCAUGUGACUAUUUGUUUGAUUGGAGUUUACCAUUGCAUUGUCCGGAAUUACUCAGUCAACUUGUUAUUCCUAAGUACUUUGCAGGGGACUUUCUUCAAAGAGUGGCUCCUGGCUCUCUCUAUCGUGAUAGCUGGCCAAGUUUAUUCAUUGCCGCAAAUGGUGUGAACAGUGAAUUACAUAUUGACACAUUUGGCUCUAAUUUCUGGAUGGCAAUGCUGCAAGGGAAGAAGAGAUGGACACUGUUUAGUCCUGCAGACAAGAACUUUUUGUAUCCAGACUAUGAUGAUUCGUUGGAUCCUGUUUUUCAAGUUGAUCUUCGAAACCCAGACUUAUCUGCUUUCCCUUUGCUGUCAUUGACACACCCACAACAGUGUGUGCUUGAGCCUGGAGAUCUUCUCUUUGUUCCAUCUGGCUGCGCCCAUCGAGUGGAGAAUCUGACUCUAUCACUUGCUAUUUCUGCCAAUUUUGUAGAUCUCAGCAAUUUUCCUUUGGUCAAGAAAGAACUACAUUAUAGAUCACUUGUGGAUCCUAAUGCACAAGAAUUACUUCAUCAAUUUGACGAUCUGAACUUCCCCAGCAAAAUGUUUAGCAAGCAAACAGAUCUCUCUUGGGAGCGGUUCAAGAAGUGGCCUAGGCACGAUUAUAAUGUGUAUGAUAUAACAUAAUAUUACACUGGCAAGGUGAACAAUACCACACAUCAAUUUCGUUUAUCUGCAGGACAAACUGGUACCAGCUGCAUUUGCAAGUAACAUACCAAAGAUGCAUCCAGAUAUGCAUUACUGGUGGACACUUGCAUGAGCUGUUCUAGUUAGCCGUUUCUGUUGGGUGCUCAUAGCUUUUGUAGCAAUAACUUGAUUACUUUACUUAACGAGAA